CUCUCAGACGCAACUGCAAGGCCCAACCCAUACUAGCGGAGCCCAUUCUAAAUGCAAUGUCGUAUCUCCCACUGUCUAUCAAUGCACAGACAAGUGAAAGAACUGCUAAACUCUCAACUGUCCAGAGCUAAACUAAGAAUACACUCUGUAUUAGAAGAAAAAAGUAGAGUUGUGAGAAAUUAGGGUUUGAGUAGAGAAAUGUUUGGAACGGCGAUUAGAAAUGCAGCAAAGAAAUUGAAGCCAAAGCUGGGAGCGGUGACGCUGACGACGCCACCGGAACAGAGACAGACGAUUACCAGAGCGCUGUUUGAUAUCGUCAAGGAGCAUGGUCCAAUCACCGUUUCUAACACAUGGGAACGCGUCCAGGAAGUUGGACUGAAAGAUUUGACAAGCAAGAAUCACAUGAAAGUAGUUUUGAGAUGGAUGAGAGAGAGACAGAAGCUUCGUCUUGUUUGCAACCAUGUAGGCGCUCAUAAACAGUUUCUCUAUACUACCUGGUUUACCAAACCAGGUGCUGCUCAAGCUGCAAUAACAACGCCAACAACAACAACAACAUCGAGAAGCACUCCUUCAAAGAAAAAGCUAGCACGAACUUGAAGCUUUUAUCAUCAAUAGCCAUUAGCCAAGACUCGAAGGAUGAGCCUAAUGUUUUCUGCAAUGGGAAGAAUAAUGUAACACUAUAGUAUACUUUUAGUGUCACUCAUUUGAAUAUUGGGCCAUAUGGUUGGUUGAGUUAAAUUUGCUCUUCCUGAUUGUGUUGCUUCUGUUCCGAUGUUCUUCAUUAAUGCAAACAGGUUGAUUACUGCUAGCAAUCAAAUCCAUAAUAUUUUCUACAAACAUAACACAUGUUCCAAACAUCUUUUAAAAAGUGAAGUUGUAUUGUUGUGAAACCAUGAAUUCAGGGUCAUUUCUUUAAAGCC